AUGGGGGCUCUCAGUCGGCAGCAAUUUUUUCAGGAGCUGCCUUUGGGGUGCUUGCUUCCGACUGCCCAACAGGGUCUGCUGCAAGUGUGGCAGCUGCUGAUCAUGUGUUUAGCCUGCAGACUGCUGUGGAGAAUUGGUCGUCUGCCUGCAUACAUAAAGCACCUCAGCACAAUUGCAUGUGGCUUUUACACCCUCUACUUGUUCUUUGGGUUGCACAUGGUGUGGGUCGUUCUGCUCAGUCUUCUCUGCUACCUCAUCCUUUUCCUGUGCCGCCACUCCAGCACUCGUGGACCCUUCCUUUCUAUCACAGUCCUCAUCUACCUCCUGCUGGGGGAGCUGCAUAUGAUGGACACAAACAGCUGGCACAAAAUUAGAGGUUCCCAGAUGGUAGUUGCCAUGAAGGCGAUCUCUCUUGCCUUUGACUUGGACAAAGGCACAGUGGAAAAUGUCCCUUCUCCUGUGGAGUUUAUGGGCUAUAUUUACUUUGUGGGCACUGUCAUAUUUGGGCCUUGGAUCAGCUUCAGCAGCUACAGGGAGGCAGUAGAAGGCAAAGAGUUUAGUGUCUCCUGGUUGGUGAAGGUAACCAGCAGCUGGAUAAAGAGCCAGUUAUGCCUGGUGAUCUCCAACUGUGUCACUCCUUACCUCUUUCCCUACUUCAUCCCAGUCUUUGGAGACAAACUACUAAAAAAUAAGAAGACGCGAAAGAACAGAGCUUUUAUUGCAAGGUGGUUGAUGGGCUAUGAACACAGCAUGGGCUUCCAUUUUAGUAAUUAUUUUGUAAGCUAUCUCAGCGAAACCACAACUAUACUGUCAGGUGCAGGCUUCACAGAAGAGAAGGACCAUCUCAAGUGGGAUCUUACCAUGGCUAACCCACUAAAUGUUGAGUUUCCCAGGUCGAUGUCAGAGGCUGUUAUUUCCUGGAACCUGCCGAUGUCUCAGUGGCUCAAUAUUUAUGUGUUCAAGAAGGCUCUCAAAUUUGGGACAUUUCAGGCCAUCAUCAUCACUUACACAACCAGCACUUUGCUGCAUGGAUUAAGUUUUCACAUCGCAGCCGUGUUAUUUAGCCUCGCCUUCAUGACAUAUAUUGAGUAUGAGUUGAGGAAAAGACUGUCCAUCAUCUUUAAUGCAUGUGUCCUUUCCAAGAGAUGUCCAUCAGACUGUAAACACCAAAACAAGAAGGCAUUUUGGGUUUAUUUUAUUAAUGGCACAUUUAGUGUGCUAACUGUGCUGCACCUCACCUACCUGGCUUCAGUCUUUGGCUCCAGUGCUGAUGAUAUAUACUCAGAUGAGGAUGGCAUGGCCAGUCAUACCAUUCAUAAAUGGAGUGAAUUGAGCUGGAUGAGUCACUGGCUAACCUUUAGCCUCUGGGUUGUAUAUCGCAUUAUUAUGUAA